GGGUUUAGCUUUCGGGUCGGGUCUUACGAAAGAAUGUUAUAUAUCCUCAUCUCAUUUCUUGUUAGAGUCAGACCCUCGUCUCUCAUCUCCUCGUAUCUUCUCAGAACCAGAAUCGCAUGGCCGCACGGCCUCGUUAAUCCUUAUCCUCUUCUCUUCUUCUCGCAAGUUGUCGCAGGCAGCACCAGGAGCCUCCGUUUGCCGGUGACGUGACACAGUAACAACACAUUGAGACAUCGGGUAACUUUAGUCCUCGUAACAAAGGAUCGAGGCAAGUCGUUGAGGGUUUCGUAAUCCAUCUAUCUCUCUUUCAAUACUCUCCCAACUUGCCCAUGCAUUUUUCGGAAAUAAGUCCACCCAUGGAGGUAGCAACGCGAUUCUCAUCCCAAAAUCACUUCCAUCCACACAGCUUCUUUACAAAACCCAACGUCAAACUUCCAAUAAGGAAAUUAUUCCAAUGCAUAGCGGCAACGACGGGGAAGCAAUUGUUGCUGCUCCUGGUGGUGACGAUUGUAGAACCCCACCUUUCAGACGAAAAACAUUCAAAAACAGGUUUUUGAACUUCGUGCGGUUCAGUUCUGUGAUCAACGAUGCUGCAGAAUCGUUCUUCAAGAGCGAGAUAAGGAGGAGAUUGUUGGUGACUGCCGUGCUGAUUGUGGUUAUUCAUAUUGGUUAUUUCAUUCCUCUUCCUGGAUUUGACAGAAGGUUGAUACCGCAAGACUUCCUUAGCUUUGCCUCUGGAAGUGUUGAUGAACUUGGCGACUUCUCCUACGAGCUCAAGUUAUCUCUUUUCCAGCUUGGAAUUAGUCCCCAGAUAUUUGCGUCUAUUAUUAUGCAAGUACUGUGUCAUGUUAUUCCUUCUCUAGUAAAGCUCCGGAAAGAAGGUUUGGAUGGACACGAGAAGAUUAAGAGUUAUAUAUGGUGGAUGUCAUUUGGCUUUGCAAUUUUGGAAGCUUUUAUAUUAUCCUGCCACUCGCUUCCAUAUUCAAUCUAUGCCGCCAGCCAAUGCGUCAAACAUGUAUUGGUGACAACCUGUUUGUUGGUUUGUGGUGCAAUGACUAUUACAUGGAUCUAUGACACUAUAUCAGAAUCUGGAUUUGGUCAAGGUUCAUCUCUCAUCAUAUGUGUGGGAAUACUCACGGGUUAUGUGGAGACACUACACAAAAUGAUCACUCAGCUUUCCGUGAAUGGUCUGGGUGGUGUGACUUGGUGCCAAUAUCUGCUUGCAGUGUUGGGUAUUUUCACCAUAGUUACUAUGUGGGCAGUUGUGGUAACUGAAAGUUGCAGGAAAGUAAAUCUUCAGUACUAUGGUUUCAAACUUGCUUCUGCUGCAAGGGAGCAAUCACCACUUACUGAAGUCGAACCGUAUAUUCCUUUCAAUAUUAAUCCAUCUGGAAUGCAACCUGUUCUUACUACCUCUUACCUCUUAGCAUUUCCAUGUAUUCUAGCCAGUCUGCUUCAAUCACGUUUCUGGGAGCACGUAAAGGAGAUAUUGAACCCUGAAAAUUCUGUUGGCGCUGAGCCAUGGGUUUACUAUUCAAUAUAUGCUCUUUUUGUCUUCCUAUUCAAUAUAUUUGAUAUUGCUAACCUGCCAAAGGAAAUUGCUGAUUACUUAAAUAAGAUGGGUGCAAGAAUACCAAACAUAAAGCCUGGAAAGGCUACUAUAGAAUACCUAAUAAAGAUUCAGGCAUCCACACGAUUUUGGGGGGGACUGCAGUUAAGUGUAUUGGCCACUACAUCUACUAUUCUUGAUCACAAUUUACGGCGCAUCAAUGCUGGAUUUGCUAUUGGUUUUACCUCAGUUCUAAUUAUUGUUGGUUCCCUUAUCGAACUUAGAAGAUCAUAUCAAGCAUAUAAUGUGAUGCCAAGCUUAAGCAAUGCUUUGAAACGUUAUGGCGUAUAGCAUCUCUAAAGGCCAUGCUGUCAUACUUCUGCACCAUUCUAUUUAAUACCUCGAGGGUAAGUCGUAUGAAUUUCCAGGAAGCUUGUAUUUCUGAGUUAAUACAAGUAUAGCUUGUGGAUCAUACCGUGAGGUCAACUAGCAUACAAGGUGCUAAAUGCUGCGACUAAAAGUUGAUAAGUGGCAGUAGCUGAUUCAGACGCCUUUUUUAUUUUCUCUCUCUUUUUAAUUUAUUUAAUAUACGUGUGAAAAAGUUUGUUUGCUGCGAAACUGUUGCUAAUAUAGUUGCUGCUACUGCAGCUGAGCUUUGCACAGGGAAGUACAUACUAGUAGCAAUAUAUUUUAGAAUACUAAUUAGGAGGCAUGUCUUACUACAUUUGAAGGUAAUUUACUCUUACAACUGGAUGAAAUGCCAUGUGAGACCUUUUCGCUUGACUAAAUAGCAUUUCGCAUCU